AACAGACGGUGAAAUCUCACACUUUUUCCCGUUUUCCGUCCAACCACCCGAUAACCGUUGACCGUUAAAUCUCCGGUCAGAUGAACGGCCAUCCUCUCUUCUCCCCUCACUUCUCAGUUCUCAGUCUCACUUUCCACAUUACUCCGAUGCUUUUUCAUCCAUCCCAUACCCUCCUCCCCUUCACCUCCGGCGUACCUUCCUCCCCUUGACGACCUCUCACUUUUCCGUCAACAUCAGAUCAAUGGAUAGUAACAACCAGAUUACGCAUAGUUCGCGGCACCACGGCGGAGGCGGCGGAAGAGAAGACUGCUGGAGUGAAGGCGGCACGGAGACGUUGAUCGAGUCUUGGGGUGAUCGGUACCUUCAACUCAAUCGUGGAAAUCUCCGUCAGAAGGAUUGGAAAGAUGUGGCUGAGGCUGUUAACGCCAAUCGAGACGAAUUGAAGCCUCCAAGGACAGAUGUGCAGUGUAAGAACCGAAUCGAUACGUUGAAGAAGAAGUACAAGCUCGAGAAAUCGAAGCCUACGCCGUCGAAGUGGCCGUUUUUUCACCGUCUUGAUGAUCUAAUCGGAACUGCUAACAGCGUCACCAGAAAGAAAAUAAGCACUCCGAAAUCCGCUUCUGUUACUACUCUCACUGUUAAAUCCAACCCCAAAACAAAUCAUAACCCUAACCCUAACCCUAAUUUGAAAGCUAUCGCGUACUCUGGUGGAUACUCAUCUCACGACGAAAGUCUUAGCAGGAUGGAGAGUCUGGAUUUUGCAGAGGAAACGACGGCGUAUAAGGAAUUGGCGAGGGCGAUUCUUAGGUUUGGGGAGGUUUAUGAAAGGAUUGAAAAUUCAAAGCAGGAAGAGAUGAUGAAAUUGGAGAAGCAGAGAAUGGAAUUCACCAAAGAAGUUGAGUUUCAGAGGUUGAAUAUGUUUAUGGAAGCUCAACUUGAGCUUGAGAAGAUGAAGAAGAAGAAGAAGCCAUCCACAACAGGCUCGUUGAUUCCAGGAAAGAAAUCGGAGCUAUGAUGAAGAUAAAUUGUAUGUAAAGAUCUGAAUCCAAAAUGGGUAUGUUGGCUGAUUGUCUGAGUUACAUAGCAUCUGUGUAACAAAGUUUAUUUAAACAUGAUGAUGCAUGCUAAUUGAUUGUUGUGAGUAUUUUCUUGUACAUAAUGUGUUCCUGUGUCUGUGUGUGUCAACUCUUUUAAGUAAACUUAUCUAAAUAUUACACUACAUACUGCAAUUUCUUUUA